AGACCCGGAGUUGCGGGGAAGGUGGUGUUGGGGAGUUGGUGGGGGUCGGCGGCGGCGGCACAAGAGGCCGGGGCCGGGGCCGUCUCCCCGUUACCAUGGCAGCCGCGAAGGACGGCGGAGCGGCGCAGGAGAAGUUCAAGCUGGUGGUGGUGGGCGGCGGCGGAGUGGGCAAGAGCGCCCUCACCAUCCAGUUCAUCCAGUCUUACUUUGUUACGGAUUAUGAUCCAACAAUUGAAGAUUCCUACACCAAGCAAUGCGUUAUUGAUGACCGAGCUGCAAGGUUGGACAUUUUGGACACAGCGGGACAGGAAGAGUUUGGAGCCAUGCGAGAACAAUACAUGAGGACAGGGGAGGGCUUCCUGCUGGUCUUCUCAGUAACCGAUAGAGGAAGUUUUGAAGAGAUUUACAAGUUCCAAAGACAGAUCCUUCGGGUAAAAGAUCGUGAUGAAUUCCCUAUGAUCCUAGUAGGAAACAAAGCUGACCUGGAGCAUCAGAGGCAGGUGACGUUAGAGGAAGGACAACAGCUGGCCCGUCAGCUCAAAGUCACGUACAUGGAGGCUUCAGCCAAAAUCCGAUUGAAUGUCGACCAAGCUUUUCACCAACUGGUCCGAGUGAUAAGGAGAUUUCAAGAGCAAGAAUGCCCUCCUUCUCCAGAACCUUCACGCAAUGAAAAAGAUCGUAGUGGCUGUCACUGUGUCCUAUUCUGAGAGACCGUUCCUCCACUCGCCCAUCAGCUGCCAGCCCACCCACCCACCCACCUACCCUACCCCUACGUCUGCCUUUGCAACCCUUUCCUAUGUCGAACAGUAUUGCCUCUUACCUGCAUGCUCAUCAUUUGGUCACUGAUAGCCUUUAGUUGGACAAAAGUUGUAUCAAGCCCUUGGGGAAGGUUUUAGUCACCCACUCCACAAGGCAAAAGGAUUGAAAACAAACACUAAGGCUGCUACUUUGUCACACAGUUCCAUUUGUUCAGGGCUUGAGCUUUGUCGUGAUAUUUGUACUACUUAUGAAAAGUUGAUCUGGAAUGUAGAUACAGUUUUUAAGCAAAUUUGCCUUGUGAGGUGUUCAAAUCAAUGCUUACGUGUCUUGUCCUCAGUGCCGUUUAAACUCUUAUUGCUAUGGAUAUGUGCUAAUCAGCUGCUGUACAUAUAGAUCUUUGAUUUUAAAGAGAAUCUUAUCAAUUGAUAGUUAGAAGAGGACAGUGAGAGUAAGGGUGAGCUGGUUAUUUCUUUGCCCUGGAUAACACAGACAACACAUAAAAUAAGCCUUAAAAAAAAAACACUUUAUUGUUGGCAAGAGUCUGAGUUUCAUGUAAUGCUGCGGUUUGUUCCAGUGGCCAAAUCCAGUCAGUCUACUGUAUUUAUUUUGAACAAUCCAGAGGGGUUUGCAGGCAGUGAUGUGGCCAAAACCUGUGACUUCACUGGAUAUGAACAUUUCAGUGUUUUUUUUGUUUAAAAAAAAAAGCAGUUUUGCAUCACUGUUGAGGAUUUCCAAGUCGUUUAAUUCGUCUUCCCUUGAUGUGAUAGUUUAUCUGGAUGAGGGAUUCAAAAUGCUACAUUGUGGGUUUUGUUCCUCAUGUAAUAUAAAGAGAUUGAAUUGAUCCUUCCAUUGUUGAAGAUGAUUAAAUGUUUUGCUAUAUACUUUUAUACAUUAUUUUCUUAUCAAACUAGUUAACAAGUAUUUUUAUAUGUUUGUAAGCAAAUAUGCUUUUCACAGCAUAACUUGUGUAUAUGUAAAGAUGAGUAUUUAAUUCUCACAUUUCACUCUUAACUGACAAAACUAUAGGUAUAAUUUACAAGACUGUGGUAAUACUUUCCUAAUGUCCUGGCCUCAGCUGGUUGUGUCCAGCUGAAGCUAGUCAUGUGCCUGUGAAGUGUACCCACAGAGAUUAAUUUGCUCAACUUUCCAAAUGCUCUGAACAGCCAUUACUGAAGAUGGAUCAAUUAUGUACAAAGAAGGAUCUACAUGUACAAGUUUGGAAUUUAAGAAACUCCUGCUGAUAUUUGGGUUUGACUGUGGAUGGUCUCUUGAGUGCAAGUUCUGUGGAUUUGUAACUUGGUUUGAGAUGUGUUCUUGGAACAUUAACAUAGAAGUUGUACACAACUGUCCUGAUAAUGACUAUAAUACAUCAAUUCCUCAAAGUUUGAUCUUACUAUACCCUUGUAUAGCUUCUGGUGCUAGAAUAAAAGAUGAUUCAAUUAGU